UGUACAAGUCAAAAGUCCCUCAAGCUUGUAGCCAAGUCAUUGCCAAGGACUCUAUCAAGGACACUGAGAUGGAAACACCAGGAGAGCCGGCAGCCAAUCUCGGACAGACCCUGGAAUGGCUGAGGAAGGAGCUGGCUGAGAUGCAGAUCCAAGACCAGCAGCUGCUGCUCUCACUGAGGCAUCUGCAGAGCCUCCUGGAGGAGCUUCGAGCCGAAAGCACCCAUUGGGAGGAUACAAGGUCCAGCAGAAACACAUCGCCUUUCCGAGCUAGACUGGGCUCAGAGGGCCGGGGCUGCCAGCCUGUGUUGGGGGAACUGGUCCAGCUUCUCCAAGGGGAAGAGAACAGGCGAAGCUCCCUUCCUUAACCAGCCAGAGAGGGUACUCAUCAAAACCCUCCCACCUCGAGUAUAAAUUUUGUGUCUGCUGUGUGUCCUUGGAUCUGUCACUUCUAAACGGUCUCUGUCAUUUACCAAUGUGUGUGUGUGUGUGUGUGUGUGUGUGUGUGUGUGUGUGUGUGAUAAAUCAUUGGAUGCACACAUGCUUCAAAAGAACAACCCUGUUACAUAGUUUCCAGCAAGUUAUCACCCUGGUUGAUAAUCCUGUUUUUAGGAAUUUUUCAUAGGGCAAUUGUUAAAAGAAAGAUUAUGAUGUGCAAAGAUGGCUGCCUACUGUUGUCUUCAUGAAAAAUUAGAAUACCUGUAGUGACUUCCUGGCUACUUAUCAGAAUACCUGUAGUGACUUCCUGGCUACUUAUCAGAAUACCUGUAGUGACUUCCUGGCUACUUUCUGUGUUCCCAACAAGCCUUCCUGGCCCCCUUUAUCUGGUAAGAAUAGACCCUGUUGCCACCACAAAUCACAGAGAUGAGCAGGUCACCAGGCCUAGUCAACUAUAUAAUUCAUGUUGGCUCUAACAUGAUUCAUGAUUGGCUUAAUUCAUGGGCAUGUGACUCAACAAAGCCAACCACAGUCCUUCCCUGGGAUUGCUAUCUGGAUCCUGCCAAGCACACUUCCAGGAUGCAGUGUGAUUUCUCUUAGGCUGGGUUGGUCUUUGCCAAUAAGCAGUGUAGGGUUAGACUCUAGGGCAAGAGGUGGGAGGAGAGACUGGCUCCUUUGUCCCCACAGUAUCUUGUGGGCUUCUUGCGACUCUUGGUGUCACCCCCUGUGAUGCUUCACCUCAAAGCAGGUGGCACCAGCACUGUCUAGAUCCACGGCCCAGCCUGGAGGCACCCUCUAGGCUCCGAGCCCCCUUUUAGAUGUCUGCAGGCCAGUGCUGCAGGCCUCCUGUCUGUGUGGCUUAAAUUUUAAUCCUUCAGCUUGUUCCCCCAGCACUGGUGGCAAAUUCUUCUUGUAAU